AUGGCACAGAAAGCUGCGAAGACGCUGGCCACUCGCAAUGCCGCCGUCCUCAAUCGGACCCAUCUGACCACCGCCGCGCUGCAUGCCCUCUAUCUCUUCCUGCACUUCAUGUUCCAGCGACCACGCUCCCUGAAGCCAUAUGUGCUCCUAGCUGUCCCAACUCUUGUCAUUGAAUUCUAUUUGGACCGUGUAGGCCGCCCCCGCUAUAAUGAGGAUGGUUCCCUGCGCUCGGCCGGGGAAGACCUCAACGCAACUGGCUUGACCGAGUACAUGUGGGACAUUCUGUAUUGGACUGAGGGGUGCAUUGUUGCCGUUUGUAUAUUCAAUGAUCGUGCAUGGUGGCUGUGGGCCAUCGUACCACUGUAUUCGAUCUACCUGGCCUACUCCACUGUCAUGGGCGUGAAGAAAGGCUUUGCGGGCAUGGGCGGUGGUGAUGAGGGGGGGAGAUUAUAG